AUGGCAGCAAUAGAUCAACAACAAGUUUUAAAUCUCUUGGAGGCAUUCAGUUUUGGAGACAGACAAGGUACGUCGACGGGUAUGCCGCAGUAUCAAUCGGUACUGCAAGUGCCAAAUAUUUUGGGAAAUUCUCAAUAUGUACAAGCGGGAAGCAGCCAGCAGCAACAUCAGCAGCCUCAACAGCUUCAACAACAACAACAACAGGAUGCGUAUCAACUAGCUCCCAUUAGUGCUGCUCCAGUGCAACUGAUGCUUGGGGGAAGCGGUGGGGCGUCAUCGUUUGAGAAUCAUCCAGCUGGAUCAUUGGCACCAGGUGGGCCAGUAGGAGGUGGAGAUGGUUCUGGAGCACCCAUUCCACCUGCAGCUAAUGUACCACCAACACGUCCUCCUGGGCAACCAGCUGGCUCUCUGCAGUUUCAAUGUCCUCGUAGACCUAAUCAUGGAGUAGAAGGACGACCGAUCGUUUUACGAGCAAAUCAUUUUGCGGUUCGUAUUCCUGGAGGUAACAUUCAGCAUUAUUCAAUUGAUGUGCAACCAGACAAGUGUCCGCGUCGAGUCAACAGAGAAAUUGUUAACACUAUGAUUCGUGCAUAUCAGAAAGUGUUCAGUAGUGCUCGUCCAGUUUAUGAUGGUAAACGUAAUAUGUAUACUCGAGAUCCAUUACCAAUUGGACGCGAACGACUGGAACUUGAAGUUACAUUGCCUGGAGAUUCUGCUGUUGAAAGACAGUUUGCUGUUACAAUCAAAUGGGUUUCUACUGUGUCAUUAUCCGCCCUAGAAGAUGCAAUGGAGGGACGAGUUCGUCAAGUGCCUUUCGAGUCUGUCCAAGCAAUGGAUGUGAUUUUACGACAUUUACCAAGUUUGAAAUAUACUCCUGUAGGACGGUCCUUUUUUUCGCCGCCCUUAGGUUCAACGCAUGGUCCGUCUCAUUCAGCUCAACAGUAUCAUACGGAAAGUAAACUCGGUGGUGGUCGUGAAGUGUGGUUUGGCUUUCACCAGAGCGUACGUCCAAGCCAGUGGAAAAUGAUGCUCAAUAUUGACGUUUCGGCAACCGCGUUUUACCGUUCAAUGCCUGUAAUCGAAUUUAUUGCGGAGGUACUGGAAAUACCAGUACAAGCAUUGUCCGAUCGUCGUACACUAUCAGAUGCUCAGCGUGUUAAAUUUACGAAAGAAAUACGUGGUUUAAAAAUCGAAAUUACUCACUGUGGUUCGAUGCGACGGAAGUACCGCGUGUGUAAUGUUACUCGACGAGCAGCUCAAGUUCAAACAUUUCCAUUGCAAUUAGAAACGGGCCAAACCAUUGAUUGUACUGUUGCCAAAUAUUUUUUCGACAAGUAUCGGAUGCAAUUGAAAUAUCCACAUUUGCCUUGUUUGCAAGUAGGACAAGAACAAAAACAUACUUAUCUACCUCCGGAAGUAUGCAAUAUUGUACCUGGACAACGAUGUAUCAAAAAACUUACGGAUACGCAAACAAGCACAAUGAUUAAAGCUACAGCUAGAUCAGCACCAGAACGUGAGCGUGAAAUAUCAAAUCUAGUUCGCAAAGCUGAGUUCAAUGCGGACCCAUUUGCUCAUGAGUUUGGUAUUGCAAUCAAUCCAGCAAUGACUGAAGUCAAAGGUCGUGUGUUGAAUGCACCAAAGUUGCUUUACGGCGGUCGAACAAAAGCUACAGCGCUACCUAAUCAAGGUGUAUGGGAUAUGCGAGGAAAACAAUUUCAUACUGGUGUGGAAGUCAAAGUUUGGGCAAUCGCAUGCUUUGCGCAACAACAGCAUGUGAAAGAAAACGAUCUUCGCAAUUUCACCACUCAGCUCCAACGAAUAUCCAAUGAUGCAGGAAUGCCAAUCAUAGGACAGCCUUGUUUUUGUAAAUAUGCGGUAGGAGUUGAUCAAGUUGAGCCAAUGUUCAAAUACCUAAAAACAACUUUUGUGAACAUCCAACUUGUUUGUGUUGUAUUGCCAGGAAAGACGCCUGUUUACGCUGAAGUUAAACGGGUUGGUGACACAGUAUUAGGUAUCGCUACUCAGUGCGUGCAAGCCAAAAAUGUAAUCAAAACUACUCCCCAAACCCUUUCUAAUUUGUGCUUGAAAAUGAACGUAAAAUUGGGUGGUGUUAAUUCGAUCCUUUUGCCGACUGUUCGGCCCAGAAUAUUCAUAGAACCAGUUAUAUUUCUUGGUUGUGACAUAACGCAUCCUCCUGCGGGGGAUUCGCGUAAGCCCUCUAUUGCAGCUGUUGUUGGGAGUAUGGAUGCCCAUCCAUCGCGUUACGCAGCUACUGUUCGUGUACAGGCACAUCGUCAGGAAAUAAUCAGUGACCUCACAUAUAUGGUGCGUGAACUUCUCAUUCAGUUUUAUCGCUCAACACGUUUCAAGCCUACAAGAAUUAUUAUCUAUCGAGAUGGUGUUUCAGAGGGGCAGUUUUUCAAUGUUUUACAAUAUGAGCUACGAGCUUUACGUGAAUGCUGUAUGUUGCUUGAAGAAGGCUACCAGCCAGGAAUCACUUUUAUCGCCGUACAAAAAAGACACCAUACUCGUUUAUUUGCUGUUGAUAAGAAAGAUCAGGUUGGAAAAGCAUUCAAUAUUCCUCCUGGCACAACUGUUGAUGUCGGCAUAACACACCCCACUGAGUUCGACUUUUAUUUGUGUUCUCAUGCAGGGAUUCAGGGAACAUCGCGCCCAUCUCAUUAUCAUGUUUUGUGGGAUGAUAAUCAGCUAAGCGCCGAUGAGUUACAACAGUUAACAUACCAAAUGUGUCAUACAUAUGUGCGUUGUACAAGAUCGGUAUCGAUUCCUGCACCAGCUUAUUAUGCACAUUUAGUGGCGUUCAGAGCUCGUUAUCAUUUGGUUGAUCGAGAACAUGACAGUGGGGAAGGUUCGCAACCUUCUGGUACAAGUGAAGAUACUACUUUAAGCAAUAUGGCGCGUGCAGUUCAAGUUCAUCCCGAUGCAAAUAAUGUAAUGUAUUUUGCCUGA